GACGCGCCCUGAGCGUUCGGAGGCGCGCAGCCUUCCGGCGCCUUGAGCAAGAAGCGCGCCUUUGGGGAGCCUGAGCGCGUGGGCGGAGGCGGUGUACCUGGAGAUGUCCCGCAGCAGUAGCUCUAGUGGCCGGAAGAGACAAAGAAAUUGGGAUAUAGAAUACCCAUCCUUUCCAAGAGGGAGUCCACUGAAGUUCAGAAGAGCAGGUCUCAAGACAGUGGGGGCAGCUGCUUCCCUCUCUGAAGCAUGGCUCAGAUGUGGAGAAGGAUUUCAGGACACUUCUGAGACUCUGUCAUUAACAGCUGAAAAGAAGAUUGUUACAGAAAAGCACCUCGAAUUAUCCCCUAGACCCAAGAAAGAAACUACUGCAUCUAAGAGUACCGGUGAACUUAUAGAUAUAACAUGGAGUUCCAGUGAAAGUGAUCUGUCUGAUGAGGAUAAAACACUUUUUAAAUCACAGAGACAUAAUGGACAUGGUUCUAGAAUAGACAGGUUAUGUCCAGAAGAUGGGGCCAGUGAAGAUGAACUACAGUUUAUUGACUGGGAGAUUGACAGUUACACGGAAGAUACUAGUGAGUAUAAUGAAUUUGAAGACGGUGAGAGUGUUGUGGAAAUAUCAGACUGUGCUUCUUGUUCAAGCAAUCAUUCUUUGACUAGUGAAGAGAGGCUCUCUGAGCUUGUGAAGAGUUCUACAGAAAUUUUGGAAUAUUCAUCAGAUAGUGAAAAGGAAGAUGACUCAGAGAAUGUCUUGUUCAUUGAUUCAGAAUUCUCUCCCAAAUACCACAUGGAUUUUGGAUCUGAUGAUAGACAGAUGAUGGAGAAACUGAUAAAGCAGAGGGUGAAAUCUGCAGAGACCAUUUUGUACACACCCCAGAAACAGACUUUUCCCAGGAUUCCAGACACAUCAGCAAACAAGAAGAAGCUUCUAAGAGGCGGGCUAGCAGAAAGACUAAAUGGCCUGCAGAAUCGAGAGAGAUCUGCCAUUUCUUUGUGGAGACAUCAGUGUGUUUCUUACCAAAAGACACUUUCAGGUAGAAAAUCAGGUGUAUUAAUUGUGAAAAUUCUAGAGCUGCAUGAGGAAUGCACCAUCCAAGUUGCCAUGUGUGAGCAUUUAGCAGGGCUGCAGGCCAACAACCCUUCUCAAGGUGAGGCCCCUAGGACUGGCCUGAAGGUUCUGUUCACCAAGGAGACUGCUCACCACCUCAGGGGACAUCCCCAAGACAUCGUCCAUAUCUACCCUCCCUGGCAAAAGCUUAUUAUACCAAAUGGAAGUUGCCCUGUUAUUCUGAAUACUUAUUUUUGUCAGAAAGUUGUUGCCAAAGAAGAUUCAAAAAUAAUACAUGAAGCACACUGUUGGGACUCACCCCGUCCAAGAAAAAGUAUCACUUUGGCUCAGAUGUUUAGAUUUAGGAAUCUAACAUAUAAAUCACCUGAAAGCCAGGUAAUGUGUAGUAGUCUCACUACAAUGUGGACAGACUGCACCCACGGACAUGAGGAAGCCAAACAGCACUUCCCAGCCCAAGCUCCCCUGAGGGAUUCUCUCCUGGAUGCAGUGGAAAGCCAGGGAGCUGCCACAUGGUCAGGAGUUGGGGUCCGAGUAGUGGUGCAGAGAGUUUACUAUCUGCCCUGCAGAUAUCAGCAGGGAGGUGGUUCAGCUGCGCCACCUGGAUCAGACCCACCUAGAGUUCGAGUCUGCCUUCUCGUGCAAGAUGCCUAUGGGAUGUUCAGUGAAGUGCACUCUGAGGGCACCAUCUUGAAGGACCAGCAGUUGGAAGGAAAGUCCUGCAGCCUGAUGGGAAUGAAGGUUCUACAGAAGGCUACCAGAGGAAGGACAGCAGGGCUUUUCGGUUUGAUCGAUACCAUGUGGCCUCCAGUGAUGCCUCUGAAAGCACCUGGCCAUGGCCGAGCCUGCGAAGAGGUAAAAAUUCAUGUGCCUCCUCCUAGCUUCUGUUACAUCCUCAUUGCUCAUCCAAAUGUGGGGCAAAUUGAAAUAAUUGAAGAAGACCCCAUUUCUAAGCUUUACCAGCCUCCAGUUCCCCGCUUCUUAAGAGAAAUUCUCCAGACCAAUGAUCUUAGUACCCGUUGCAGUUUCUAUGCCAGAGUGAUUUAUCAAAGACCACAGGUAAACAAUUUGCUUCCUCUGCAGCAAAGGGAGAUUUGGCUGAUGGUGACUGAUGUCACCCUGCAGAUGCAGGAUGAGAAUAACUCUGGCCUCCCCAAAACCAUGCCAGUCUGUGUGGCCCCCUCAUGUGUGUUGAGCCAGGACGUCCUGGAAGCGCUCACCGAGGCGGUCUCUCACAGCUUUCUCUUCAGGGACACUCUCCGAGCCCAGGGUCGGAUUGUUUGUGUUGAACGAAGUGUCCUCUUGCUUCAAAAGCCCCUUUCGGGUGUGGACUCCGGUGCUUGCUCCUGUGAACUGACUGGCCCUGUGAAGCUCAAUGAACUGGAUUCUGUCACUCAGGUCAACUCCGUUUGCAGCGUUCAAGGCACUGUGGUUGGUGUAGACGAGAGCACUGCUUUCUCCUGGCCCACUUGUGACCUGUGUGGCAACGAGAGAUUGGAACAGAGCCCAGGAGACAGAGGCACCUUUUCCUGUGGGGACUGCUCCCGUGUGGUCACCUCUCCUCUCCUCAGAAGGCACCUGCAGGUGUUCCUGGACUGUCCGUCUCGACCCCAGUGCACAGUGAGGGUCAAGCUGUCCCAGGCCAGUAUUUCUUCACUCCUGAGGUUUGCCGCCUGCGAGGAUGGGAGUUAUGAAGUGAAGAGUGUCCUCGGAAAGGAGGUGGGGUUGUUGAAUUGUUUUGUCCAGUCCAUAACCACCCACCCAGCUAGCUGCGUUGGAUUGGAGGAAAUUGAGCUCCUGAGUGCAGGAAGAGCCUCUUCCGAACACUGCCGGUUGCCAUAGGAUUUGUGAACUUUGUGAUGCAGUCACAAUGGUGGUGGAUGGAGGUGGUGGCGGCUUGGGGUAGUUAUUUGUUAACUAUGGGCAGAGCAAAUGUAUGAUCUUGAAAUGGAACUUAGAUUUUUCUGGGUCAAAUGUUAGUAAGAUGAUUUUGUGAACUAAACAUCAAAAAUAAUUUUUUCUAGUUUUUGCAAAUUUAGGAACAUGCUGUUAAAACUUAAAUAAGCCUGAGGUCUUCAUUUUGUAUUUCAUCUUAGUCAAUAAUAUUAAAACAGCAAGAAAAAAAUUUCGUUCACUUGUAAUUUUUUAAGUGUUUAAAUUUUACCAUGAUUCAACAUGUUUUUCUUGUAGUUAUUCAACAUUGUCCCAAAGAAUACCCUGCAAAGCUGAGACAUUUGUCCUAAAUUGUAAUGUUACUGUUCUACACAGUACAUGUCCAACUUAAGCAUUUUGCAGUCUAAUAUUUAUUUUUUGGAAAAUGUUUUGGGAAACUGUGUCAGAGGUAGAACGGUUACCCAUAAAGUAUAGAUAAGUUACCCGGUGUGAUUAUCACCAUACUGCACAGAGGUAUAGAUAGCUCACUCUAGAUAGGCCUGUUUAAUCUUGCUGGGUACUGUGCACAGAGAGCCAAGAUAACAGAUUCAAGAGGAGUGAUUGCUUAUCGUUUGCUUUGUUGGCAGAGAUUUAAAUUAACAUAAAAUGAUGAAUAAAUUAUCUUUAGACAAUGAAGAUUGUUUCCUCCCUUAAAAUCAAUCAUGACAGGCCAUGGUUAAUUACACAAUAUAGACCUAGGAGCCCAGAGCAAGAAAGGGUGCCUAGUACCCACUUUAACUGGAAGAAAGGCAAACGACUUUAUUUGUCCUGAUUCAGCUUUGAAACAUUACAAUGACUGGCAAGAUAGCCGGUUUUGAGUAGCUUUUUGACUGUCCUUUGCAUCUACUACAACAGGACUACUGUGUACUUAAUACCCACUUUUGAGAAACGUAUUCGAAGCAGUACCUAAGACUGAGGAAAGUGAAAGCAAAGUCCCAUGAAAGCCAAAGAUGAGUCAGACAUGCUUUUCGGGUAACCAGAGCCCUCCACUACCCCCUCACCCCUCGAGCAGCCAACUAAAAUUAGGGCGCCCUUCAGCUCUUCUUCAUAGAGCCCCUAAAUCAGCUCAGGGACAGUCGGCCAGCCAGCCCCCUCCCCGAGUCUGGCUACUUCUUUGGGAGCACCUUCCACCAGAAAGCUGCUAGCUUAACAUAAGCUUAGUCGUGCUUCGCCAAUCUUAGGCAGAUAAGUAACAUUUGUAGGUAGACCGUGUCUGGCUUCAAAAGCAAAGCAGACCCCCUCUUCUAGGGACCUUGGUUCCCCCUCAUGGACACACACCUGGGUCCCGCGGCCUCCCCGGUGCCUUGCUGCAUGCCCUUCCCCAGCGAGGUCCUGGGGGCUAACCAGCGUUCAGGAGUCACUGUGAAUACCGGAAUCGGGUGGUUUUAAAUGCUUCUUUAUUCUUACAAAUACUGUAAAAAUUAAUAUAAAAAAAAGUGAGCAUGCUCGGUCUUCUCCUCUUAUCUACAAUACAAAGGAUUUGUCUGAAAACUCUUUUUUCUUACAAAUGUACCUUAGCUGCAUCAAUAGGAAUAAAAUGUAGAAAAGCUACCAUUAUAAAAAUAAUUUAAGGGAAAAUAAACACAUAUAGCUUCUCUCGAAGUUCAGUGGUGGUUAAGUCCAGGCUGUAGGUUCCUUCGUUCCCGCGUCCCAAAGAAACUGCAGCCGGCGCCGAGCGGCUCUCGCGGCGUCCGGGCGGGGCGCGCUCCGCUCCCUGGCCGGUCGGGUCUGAGGUAUCGGUCGUUGGUUGAGUCUCUUCCGCCCCCGGGGCGCGCGUUACCGGCAGUCGGCGGCCCCGGCGGCCGACAGGAAGGGCGGGCUGGGCAGCUGCUUGAAGAACUGUCGGAGGCCGGCCAGGUCCCGCGUGAGCUGCUCCACGCGCUGGUGCAGCUUCUCGUUUUCGGCCGACAGCUCCACCAGCUUCUGCUGCAUCUCCUGGUUGCGCCGCUUGGCCUUGUCACGGCUCUUACGCACCGCGAUGUUGUUGCGCUCGCGCCGCUGCCGGUACUCCGGGCUGCCGCGGUCCGGGCCCCUCUUCCCCGCACUCUUCUCCCGGGCCGGGCCAGGAGCAGGGCUCGGCCCGGGGCUGGAGCGCGGCGGCUCGGGCGACGUGGGUGGUGUGGGUUGUGCGGCCGCCGCCAGGCUCACCACGGUCUGCGCGCACGCGGCCACCUGCGCCGGCAGCAGCGAGCCGGGCGCGUCGCCGUCUCCCCAGUCGGGCUCGCGCUUGAGCGGACGCGGGGCAGCUGUGCCCGGGCCGUGGCCACGCGCGAGGCCGCCGGGCAGCAGCUCCAGGGCGCUGGCAGCGGCGCCUGCCGCGCCCGCCUUGUGGUUGCUGUUGAAGAGGUCGGCGAAGAGCUCGUCGUGGCACAGCUCCAGGGUGGGCACGGCGGCCAUGGAGUCGAUGUAGGCGCUGAAGUCGAUGGCGCUCUCGUCGUCGUACAUGGCAGGGGCAGCGGCGCCUGGCUCGGACAGGCUUCCCGGCUCGCUCCCGCGGCCCGGCUUGCCCGCCCGACCCGGCUCGUAAAAGGGUGCGGGCUCCGCGGGCCAGGGCACGCCGCGCGCCGGGCCGUCCAGGCUAAAGAGCGCGGCGCUCAUGGCGGCGUCGAGCCAGGUUCCUUGUCCGAGCACGGCUGUCACCUCGCUGGGCCGGGCCCCGCCGCCUUUUCUAGCCCGAGCUGACGCGCAAGCCCCGCCCCGGCUCCAGAACCGCGGGGGCGCCCCGGGGCCGCGGGGAGGGGGGCUGCGGGCGGCAGCGUCCAGGGAGCCCCCGCCCCGCCCCGAGCACUCCGCCCGGCCCCGGAGCCGCCCUCAAGCCCCCCACCCCCACCCCCACCCCCCGCCGCCGCUGCCGUACUCUCCGCUGUUCCCGCGCCCCCACCCCCGGCCGCGCGGGAGGGGAAGGGGCGCUGCUUCCUCCCCGCCCCCGGCCCGGCCCGGCCCGGCCCUUGCGCCUCUGCUGGGAAUGACCCUCCCUCUGCCCGCACUCCGGCUCCUUCUCUCCUUCCUGUUUGUUGUGUUUGGAGACUCUUCGCUCUCGCAGCCGGCAGUGAAAUCAAAACCUGGACUUGGCCGCGGCGCGCGUGUCCCGGGCCGGUUCCCAUCGUCAGAGGGAGCCGAAACGGAGAGGGUGGCUCUGGCAAAGAGGACAGAGCCUGGUUACGUUCUCCAGCCACGGCUCCCGUCCCGGGGACCCUGGUCCGCGGCUUGGGCGGCGGGGAGGGCGCGGGGAGGGGGGGUUGCUGCUUCGCACGUUUCCAGGAAUUCGGGGCCCGAUUUGGCCCGUCUCAUCUGGGUCGAAGGCCCUGGGGGUCAGAGCUCGGCGUCGCAGCUGGAACUUCCAGGCCGCAGGGACUGCGAAGCGCAGCAAAUGGGAGAGGAGUCACGACACAGGUCUGAGCUGCCGGCCGCCCUAAAAGCAACAGGUUCCAGCGCGCGCAAGCCCGACCAGGCCCGACGGCCGGCUGGAACCCCGCAGAGCAACGCGGACCCGAGGGCCCGCGCUCCCCACGCGCUGACGUCCCUUCUAGCCCUUCUACAGCAGUGCCAUCUCGCGGCGGUGUCCUGCUCCAGUUCUAUUUUUAGUUUCGGGCUCUUUUUCUCCGCUCAGUAUUCCGGAGAAGUUCUUUUGAAUCUAAAGCAGUUGGGUCUUUAGGAGAAAGAGAAGAUUUGUACUUGCAGCUCUGAUAGAGUAUUAAAUUGCUAGCUCUUCAUACUGUAAAAUGCAUGAAAA